AUGAGCCACCUCCUAACCCUAAAGCUAUCGUGCCCCGGCCAGAUUUCACAAAACAUAUUCCAUCCAAAAUUCAAGAUUGUUAACCCAAAUGUGCAUAUCGAUGCUCUGCAAUAUCACACAAGAAGCCAUAGGAGGGGAGGUGGAGAGGUUGGUAGAAAAACGGAGAAGAAAGGGAGGGAAAGGGCAAAUCGGAAACAAUACAUCAUGAGGAGGUUUGUGGGUUUGCUCAGCAACCGAGUGGAGGUGGAGAGGUUGACAACAAGUUUUUCCGAUGGGCUCUCUUCGUCGACUGUUAGCUCAUCUCACCGAAGGUGUGGCUUGGAGGAAAGCAGGGGUCGAGCAAACCAAUAG